UAGACAAUAUGGCGGCGUCGGUGAGCGAUUUUGUUCCGUGGCUAAACGAUAAAUUAAGAUCACUGAAAACUGACGAAGGAGUCUUUGGAUCGUAUAUAUCUGGUAUUUUAGAAAGCGAAGAAUCUAUAGACGAAAAGAAAGAUGCACUGGAGGGCAUACUAUCGGAGAUUGUGGACAGAGACAUGUCCGUUCAUGUAGCUGAGAUAUUAGAAAAGUGGGAGUCAUGUAAACCUAAAGAGGAAGACUGUCCAAAGCCCGCAACAGACGUUGAUUUGCAGUUGACUAAGUUACUGGAAUCUCAGUCACUCGCGACCACUACCCGUCGUGAGUAUACAGACGAGGAAAAGAAAAUUCGCGAAGCUAUAUUAUCCCAGUACAGUCAACUACCUGACACAGAGGAAAGCGAGGUCCUUGAAGGUGAAGUGGCUGAAGGUAAUGACCUUGUGAGGAACACCAAUGUAUCAGAUGUAGCAGCAGCUGCUCGUGAACGUCGGGAGCAAGCACGUCUCGAUGCCCAGCGUAAAAAGGAAAAGGACAAAGAGGAUAGGGAGAAACAAAAACAAUUAAAAGAAGAAAAGAAAGAAAAGAGAAAGACACAGAAAGGGGAAAGAAAGAGGUAGCAAGCUACACCAUCAAGUGAUCAUUGCAGUGUUUCAAUGCUGCUCUAAUCUAUGACAUUUACUAUUAAAAUAUCCUAUUACUUACUAAUACUUUUAUGAGGCUAGCUGCUGGUUGAUGCAAAAACCAUAAUAUAACAACUGCACGGUUAGACAGUAAUCAUACAAUACUAUGGUACUGAACUCGAGGCUCAUAUCAUCAUCAUACAUCAAUGCCAUUUUAGCAAAAAGAAAAGCGAGAAUGGAAUGGAAUUUUGAAGGUUUUUUCCCUAUAUUUUCUUUAUAUUGGUAACACUGACAGCAUACCUUAUUCCUUCAUGCAUUCACAGAAUAUUUCAAUGCAAUUUUACACAAUCAAAAUAUAGUUUUAAAUUCUGUGACAUGUCUUUUUUUAAUUACAUCAAAGUUACUGUUUGUGUUUCUAAGAUAAAUAUAAAUAUAGAAGUAAUUAGAUUCUUGGCGCUCUUUCAUGCUGGUGACUAAGUAUAUAUUAAUAAAUAGUACAUGAAAUCAAAAUUCCUUCUGCUGAAAGGAUCUUGUGUUUCUUAGAAGUCGUCACCCCUUAUAACAACAUUGUUGCAUAUCAGUGUAGUCAUUUUAUUAGUUAGUACCAGGAUAUUUUAUAAAUGACUAUAUACAUUGAGGUGAAUCAUUCAUUUGUGGAUUAACGGCGGGUAACGUUGAGUGUUUAGUCAUAAAAUAUUAUAAUAAUUAUGACUAAUUUAUGUUAAAAUUUAUUAAUUUUAUCAAAAACAAUUAUGAUAUCCACUUUCUUCUUGUACCAUGCAAGAACAAUAAAAGAUAAAUAUAUAAAUGCAUGUUUCACCUCAAUUUAUUAGAUAUAAGAUGCUUAUUGUAUAGUACAUGAAAAUGCUUCCAAUUUUUUUUCUUUUUAUAAGGUAGUUGGUUUUGGCCAAACGAAAUGUACUUUACAACUAAGCCAUUUAAUACUUAGAAAUAAUCCUAUAGAUUUUAUGAUGUGAUAAAUGUCUGUGCUGUUUUAAUUUUGAUACUAUAACUCCAAAUUAGUGUUUGUAAUAACCCCAUUAAGUAUUGGAUUGAUGUUUGAAAAAUCUUUGUUCUAGUUGUAUUAUUAUUGCAAUAACAUUUAUUAUCUAUAAAUGUUAUACGAAACUCAACAGCUGUGAAUGUAACUGGCAGUAUUCUAUACCUACUGUAUCCCAAUAGUGGGAAGUUAAACAAGCUUUUAGUCACUAUCUGUUAUUUACAUCAUGCAAGUUUUAGAACAUGUAAAUUUUUAAUAAAAUUGCAUAUAAGAUAAAACAUUUGUUUAUAUAAUUAUUAACAAUUAAAAUUAUUAUGACACUGAGCACCUUUUAGUGGCCAUUUAUGGUUACACCAUGUAAAAAUACUGUCACAAUGUGAGACUAGAAAGUUUGAAAAUAUCACAAGUUAUUGCUAUGACUGUUCAAGAACAUUAUUAACAGUGGUGACAUUAGUUUCAUCCUUUGUUUGAUCCUUGUUAGUGAUGAUAAAGUUGCUGGCUCCCCCGGCAUAGAUAUUAGUAAUCACUGUAUUUGUAUCUAUGUCCAAAGGCACUCUAGUAGGAAAGGAGACGCAGUCACCACCAUCUGUGCCUGUAUUAGCAUGUUCGUUCCAUCCCCAUGCCCACAAUGUAUUGUCUGUUGCCAGGCAAAUAGUGUGCUCUGACCCAAGGGCAACAUCUUUUACUUGUCUGUCACCUGUAAAAAUAGUAUGUUGUAUUAAUGCACUGCUUUCACAUGAAAGACAGUCAUCUUUGUAUUUAUUCCUUAAUUUAUUCAAGUAUUUAAUAGUCAUCAUACAGACAAUAAUAAAUGAGUUUUAAACAA